AUAUAGAAAGAUUAUGGCAGCUGGUAGCUGAUCUUCGAAACCAACACUCACAUGCAGACUCACACGCAGGCAUAGAAAAGAGAAAAAUGCCCACCGCUCCAUACAUUCAGGGAACGUCCCCCAAAAGACCCCACUUCAACAAAACACACAAUCAUGGUGAGGAGGGUGGAUUGAUUGAAUUGCAAAACAAAUUAGGGUACCAAUUUAAAGACAAGGAGAUUCUCAAAAGAGCCUUGAAAGACAAAGAAAAGGAGAAGGAGGAGGAUGAUGGGGUUCUUAUCAUGUUGGGCAAAAACAUUAUGCAAACGUGUGUGUAUUAUGAGUGUCUGAAGAAGAAUACAAUGAUUCCAAAAGCUAAAUUACAGAAGAGGCUGGAGAAUUUCUGGAAGCGGAAGGAAUAUGGUGUGGAAGCCCGCCGGCUUAACUUGAGUGCGUAUGUGGGAAGUGGGAAUGAGAAUAAGUUCCAACUGAAAAACUUGGAAGCAAAAUGUUACGCAGCAGUUAUUGGGGCAAUCGCCCUUGACACCACCAUAGACAAUGCUGUAUCUGUGUUCCACACUUUGAGGAAACGGAACGAUUGAAAUCAUUUGAUGGAACUCAACUCUUUCUGGAUAAGAUUAUCGUUUUUUCUUUUAUUUUACGGUUCCAGGUUAUACUUCUACAAGUUGUAAUGUCUCAAAACUUAUGGAUUUUGUUGUUUAUACUAAUGGUUAAGCUGGACUUUUUUCUUUU